AUGGUACUCCUCGCGCGAAUGAUCCGGGCGCUGCAGCAUCAGAGCUGCCCCCGUGCUGCGUUUGCUGCUGCACUGCCGCGAGCCUGGGUCGCCACCACCGUAACCCGCUGCUUUGCGACGACGCGUUCGCGGCCGAUGGCACCUUCGCUGGCUCACAGAGUCGCCAAGCUUACCUCGGAAAUGUAUCCCGAAAUCAAGCGCGACGCCAAAUUCGCCCAAUUGAACGGGGAGCACGUCGCCUUCUUCCGUGAGCUGCUGGGCGGCGACUCGGCCAUCAUCGACGGCGUGGGCAGGGACGCUGAGGACGAUAUGCUCCCGUUCAACGAGGACUGGAUGCACAAAUACCGCGGGCAAGCACGCCUCGUAGUCAAGCCGAAGACGACGGAGCAGGUCAGCGAGAUCCUCAAAUACUGCAACGACAGGAUGCUGGCGGUGGUGCCGCAAGGCGGCAACACGGGCCUCGUGGGCGGUUCGGUGCCCGUGUUCGACGAGGUUAUCAUCAGUAUGGCGCGCAUGAACGAGAUUGAGUCCUUCGACGACGUCAGCGGUUCACUGGUGCUCGGCGCAGGCUGCGUGCUUGAGGUGGCAGACCAGUACCUCGCGGAGCGCGGGUACAUCUUCCCGCUGGACCUCGGCGCCAAGGGCUCGUGCCAGGUGGGCGGCAACGUCGCAACAAACGCGGGCGGCCUGCGGCUGCUACGCUACGGCAGCCUGCACGGCAGCGUGCUCGGCAUGGAGGCGGUGCUGCCCGACGGUACCGUCAUGAACGACCUGUGCACGCUGCGUAAGAACAACACAGGCUACGACCUGAAGCAACUCUUCAUCGGCGCCGAGGGCACCAUCGGCAUCAUCACCAAGCUGUGUAUCCAGUGCCCGCAGCGGUCGCCCGCGGUCAACGUGGCAUUCUUGGGGCUCGAGUCGUACGAGAUGGCUCAGCGGGCGUUUCGUGCGGCCAAGGGUCAACUAUCGGAGAUUCUGUCCGCAUUUGAGUUGAUGGAUGGGCUGAGCCAAGAGCUGGUGCACCGUGCCAAGGGGGAGACGAUGCCGCUAAAGGGCCAGUUCCCGUUUUACUGCCUGAUCGAGACGAGCGGCUCCAACGGCGAGCACGACUACGCGAAGCUUGAGGCCUUCCUAGAGGACGUCAUGAGCCAGGAGGUUGUGGCGGACGGCGUGGUCGCGCAGGACGCGACGCAGAUCAAGGCGCUGUGGGCGUGGCGCGAGAGCGUGCCCGAGGUCAGCGCACACUGGGGCGGCGUCUACAAGUACGACGUGUCGAUUCCGUUGGCUGAUAUGUAUAGCAUCGUGCCGGAUGUGAACACGCGAUUGGCCGAAGCUGGCCUGCUGGGCGACUCGGAGGAGCAUCCCGUGCUGGGCUGCGUCGGCUACGGCCACAUGGGCGACUCCAACUUGCACCUCAACGUCGUGGUCCGACGGUACGACAAGGCCGUGGAGGCGGUCCUGGAGCCGUACGUGUACGAGUGGAUCGAGAAGCGUAGAGGCAGCAUCAGUGCGGAGCACGGUCUGGGGCUGGCCAAGAAGAAUUACAUUCGGUACUCGCGAGACGACACGAUAAUUGGCUUGAUGAAGCAAAUUAAGCAGUUAUAUGACCCCCCCCUCUUUCCUGUGAGCUCUUGUGUCGUCAGCCCUAUAGACACCCAUGUCCAGACAUGA